AUGGCAGAUUCUCUCUUGACGUUAACGGAACAUAUUCGAAUCAGCGCAGCUAAUAAUAAUAAAGGACGCAGGAAAUCGAGACAGCAGCAGGCCUUCAAGACCAAAUUAGAAAAUCGCUUGCAUACACAUGAUUUAGAAUUAAUCGAAGCAGCUCUAACGAUUAAUACUGAAGAUGGCAUUAAGAGGCAAUUACGCCUAAAUGUGAAUCAAUUUUGUCAUGUCAUGAACGUGGUGCUUAAGGAUAAAGGCUCACAAACGGAGGAUAAGUUAUGUUCACAUAUAUUACUACAAUGCUAUGAAAAGGAUGAUAAGAUUAAAGUUGCUCAGAUUCCACAAUGGAAAGAAAAUAAACAUAUCUGGACCCCUCAUCGUGAUACUAUCGUAAGAAUAGAUGCGUUACGUAAUCCUCAUCGCUACAUUACUAUUAGCAGGGAAGGACACUUGUGUAUGUGGGAACUUAAUAAUAAAAUGCAUCGUAGCUUUAAGGUUCAACUACCCAGUGCAGUUAAAUCUAAGGAUUUAUGGGUGAUACAUUAUGUUCCAAUGCACAAAGUUAAUAAAAUUGCAAUAGCCUUUACUAGCAAAGAAAUAGGCAUUUAUGAUUUAAAUCCCAAGUCAGAUUUUAGCUGCGUUUAUGUUAUCCAAGGCUUGGAUCAUAUUCCGUUAUGUUUGGAUUUUUGGAAUAGUCGAUUUAAUAAUGAUGAUCUUAUACUAGCGUGGGGAGAUGUUUCCGGUAUGAUUAACGCAGUUGUCUUUUCAUCUGCUUCAAUUUCACUAUUUGACCGACCUUCUCAACCAGGAAAUCAACAGCAAGAUCCAUGCCUCCAAUUAACACUGAAGGAAAUUAAGAAAGGUGUAUUUAAAAAUGUAAGAUUAGUCCAUCAUCAUGGCCAUGAUGAUUGGGUUAGGCAAGUUAAAUACGCAGAGCAUUUAGACUGUUUCAUAUCAUGUGCUACCACGGAGAAGAAUUCAUUAGUUUUGGGCUGGAUUGAGAAAUCAAGUUCUGUUAUGAGGACAACUGCAUUUCAUAUAUCACAAGGCGUCAAUUCCUUUGACUAUAGUUCCGACUUGAAUCUGAUCGCUACAGCGGGUGUUAAUUAUCAAGUCUGUUUAUGGAACCCCUAUGUUAUAUCAAAACCUGUUGGGUUACUAGUUGGGCACAUGGCAAGCGUAGUACAUGUAAUUUUCAACUGUUCAAAAGGUCAAUUGAUUAGCCUUUCGAAGGAUAAGGUACUUCGUAUUUGGGAUACCCAAUUGCAAAUUUGCAUACAAAGAUUGACUGGUGUAUUUCCAAAAGGACCUGAAGUUCAAAGCACAUUGUACUAUGAUGAAGUGCGCCAUCGUCUAUAUUCUGCAUUUAAUAAUCAGUUUUCCGUAAUGGAAGUUAAAAUCGAGCUGAAAGAUCGAGUAAUGAGUCAUAACAAACCCGUUAUUCGAGCCACAUAUUGUGCCAAAUAUAACCAGGUUAUAAGCGUGUGCCAUGAUGGCGAUAUUAAUAUAUGGCGCCUAGAUAAUGGGCAACGUGUAAAACAAUUCACUAGCACCCAUGAUGCCGAAGUGACCGCUAUGACACUCGAUCAAUAUUCCAUGAAAAUAUUGACAGCUAGUGUUGAUGGCAUAAUUAAAGUUUGGGAUUUCAAUGGACAAUGUUCAAAUCUACUGGUACCAGCCAACGGAUCACCAAUCGAUGUUAGCCAAAUUCAAGUUAUGCCACGUAAAACUAUUGUUAUCGGAUGGGAAAGAUAUAUUACGGUCUUCAGGAGUAACCAAAUGUUUUCUUACUAUGUCGAACCAUCUGACUGGAGAGGAGGCCAGGAACAUUCAGAUGAUAUUUUGGUUUGUGCCUAUUGCCCUCCUAGUCUAAUGGCGACCGCAAGUUAUGAUGGAGAGAUUAUUAUAUGGAAUGCAAAUAGCGAAAAUUUUGUUAAACAUUUACGUCAGCGGUGUAAGAAAAUCAAUAUCAGACGUCGUGCGAAUACGAUCAAACUACUGCAGCAGAGGAAAGUUCAGUUAGAUAAGGAAAAAGCAAUAACGAACGCGGGUAUGGUUCUGGAUACUGCUCAGGGUGAACCGGUCCAUUCUAAAACUGCAUAUGAAGAAUUUUUAGCUAAAGUUACUGAAGAUGAUGAGGAUGAAAUUUCGGAAUUUGCUAUUGCUAAAUUGUCCUUUUUGGAAAAGCGCGUUGGUACCGAAGGCGCUGAUCUAGUCUCUUGCGGACGUUAUUCUUGGGUUCGGUUCUGGUCAUCUUCGACUGCCGAUUUACGAGGGGAAUUUAUUUCACAUCCACAUGCAAAAAUUGCCAACAUGGGGAUAGAUCCUUCUAAUCAUUACUUGGCUACUGGUGAUCUCGAUGGAAUGAUUAAGAUUUGGAAUAUUGCCAAUUAUUGCACUGGUAAACAAGGAUUUACGACAGAGCCUCCACCUAUGAAAUGUUCAUUUCAACCUCACGUUGAUACCAUCAGUAGUAUUGAAUUAUUUGCCCAUUCUCGUCGCGUCUAUGUCUUAACCUCUUCUGCUGACUGUGGUAUAGCUUUAUGGGAUGUAGAAGGUACCUACAUAGGAAUGUUUGGCCAAGAAACUGUUUGGUCAUUAGGAACAUAUCGUGAAUUAACAGAUGAAGAACAGGAAGAAAUCAAUGCAGACGACGAUAAAGAUGAUGAAGCAAAACCCAAUACUGACGCCAGUACCUCGUUGGAUUUACCUUCAAUAUCCUCUAGCAAAUCAGUUAUUAUGCCUGUACCAGAAAUAUUUGAUGAUGAUGCAUCUGUAUUAUCGAAAGAAGAUCAAGAUUUAGAUUAUCAAGGCGAUGCUUGGGAUACAACAAUUUUAGGUAAAACAGUGCAAAGGUGUAGAUCGCAAAGACGCGAAAGACGCCAACCACAUCCAAUUAAAAAUAUACAAUUUUUACAGAGUGAAAAGUCUGCUGGCGCCAAAGUGACAGCUCGCUUAUUUACGUAUCUAGAUUGCCCCACUUUAAAUCGAGUCGGUACUUUGCAUAAGCCUGAUUUUGUACAGAAUCCAUUGAAGUAUUUUGGUGAAAAGAGCAAUGAUUCCAGUGAAUUCACUUUGCCGGAAAUACCACUUCAAGAAGAUGAAAUUAAGAGGCGAUUCGAUGAGAAGAGCCUAUUUCCAAAGUAUAUCAUAGACUACCAUAACAAAAUGAAGGUUUCGAGUCAAUUUAUGAAGUUUGGUGAAAAGCAUGCAAAGAAUCGUCGACAAAGUGUACGUGAUACACGCCACGUAAAUCAUCCCAACAACGUACACUUUUCAAAUGGCACAAAGGGCAAUAUUAAUUAUCAGGAUAGCAAAUAUGAUCUUAACAGUAGUAAUGAGUUCAGUAAAAUUGUUUUAGAUGCUAAGAAUGCAUUCCUGGCAACAAGUAGACAAAGCAAAACAUCUCAUGCUGCUUUUCGGAGAAAUACUAAGAAUACUGGUAGUCGAGCUACACAACGCCUUAGAAAUGGUUAUGGGAUUAGAGAUAAUGUCUAUUACUAG